GACUUCGGAGGAGUGGGGGGCGUUCCUAGGCAGCCUGUAUUUGCAUGAUCAUUGCCCUAGCUAACGCUGACAUGAGAUGCCAAGCCUCCAUAACUGAAGGAACUGAAUGUGAGGAGCUCCCAGUGUGCAGUGACAUCAGAGCAAGCCGUUUCAGUGCAAGGGAGGAGCCGGUGCACCUGCGCAAGACUGAAGGGGAGGAGCCGGUACACCUGCGCAAGACUGAAGGGGAGGAGCCGGUACACCUGCGCAAGACUGAAGGGGAGGAGCUGGUGCACCUGCGCAAGACUGAAGGGGAGGAGCCGGUGCACCUGCGCAAGGCUGAAGGGGAGGAGCCGGUGCACCUGCGCAAGGCUGAAGGGGAGGAGCCGGUGCACCUGCGCAAGGCUGAAGGGGAGGAGCCGGUGCACCUGCGCAAGGCUGAAGGGGAGGAGCCGGUGCACCUGUGCAAGGCUGAAGGGGAGGAGCCGGUGCACCUGUGCAAGGCUGAAGGGGAGGAGCCGGUGCACCUGUGCAAGGCUGAAGGGGAGGAGCCGGUGCACCUGUGCAAGGCU